GACCACAUGUAUGAGAAAGUCGAUUCUAGUCAGUUGUCAUUCUUGUUGUACAGUAAACCUCUUAAGGAAAAGGAUGAUAGAGUUUAAUAAAAAAAUCAAACUUUCGCUAUAUUAUUGUUUUAAUAAAAGAUGCCACCAUCUAGCAUCACAGAGAAUUAUAUCUUUUGCACAAAGUCCGCUUACGUGAAGAGUGUUAACAAAAAUGUAGACGCUAUGACACCGAAUCGGGUUAUUGUGUUCCUUGUCUUUGUGUCAGGGAUUGCAGUCGCCGUUAUUGGUACAUUGUUGACGCAAUAUAUAUGUGGACUGUCGAUAGAUUAUACAGAACAGGAAUUUCAUCAUGUAUUUUCACCAUUGCCUUCGGAAGGUAUUUUAAACGUUUACGAUGAAGGUGCAAUGAGCAUCAUAUUGCAGUCAUCUGAAAUUAAAAAUUCUGAGAUAGAAAGAACAGCUGCAUCUACGGCUGAAGCACUAUCAUCAUUACAUUUAGCAUUAGAGAUGAAACUUUCUGGAAAACAGAAAAAAGCUAUAAAGUUAUUCCAACAUGCUGUAGUAUUAGCACCGCAUCAUCCAGAUGUUCUAAAUCAUUAUGGAGAGUUUUUGGAACAAAUGCAAAAUGAUGUUAUCAAAGCCAAUGAGUUUUAUGUACGUGCCUUAAGUUAUCAACCAAAUCAUAAAAGUGCCUUAAUCAACAGCCAAAGAACUGCACGCGUUGUUGAAGAACUAGACAGAAGAUUUUUAAGACGUAUUGAUCAAAAGAGAAAUACGUUAUCUGCCAUACCAGAUAACAAUGCUGCAUUAAUACGAGCUAAAAAAGAAGCUUAUUUUCAACAUAUUUAUCAUACCGUGGGCAUAGAAGGAAAUACGAUGAACUUAGCGCAAACAAGAGCCAUUGUCGAAACUAGGAUUGCUGUUGCUGGAAAAAGUAUUGAUGAACACAAUGAAAUACUUGGAUUAGAUGCUGCCAUGAAAUAUAUCAAUGCUACAUUAGUUAAUAAAUUAAAUGCUCCAGACUGGAACGCUUAUAAUACAGCUUGCUGCGGUACUGAAAGUGAUCAAACGUUCCAAACAGUAGGAUCAAUCUCAAUAAAAGAUAUAUUAGAAAUACAUAGACGAGUUUUAGGACAUGUAGAUCCUGUCGAAUGUGGACGAUUUCGACGUACUCAAGUUUAUGUAGGUGGACACGUACCUCCAGGUCCUGAUGAUAUUCAUUACCUUAUGGAAGAAUUUGCUUUGUGGCUAAAUAGUGAGAGAGCUAUCAGAAUGCACCCAGUGAGAUAUGCAGCUCUUGCCCAUUAUAAAUUAGUGCAUAUACAUCCGUUUUCUGAUGGUAAUGGUAGAACAUCUCGAUUAUUAAUGAAUAUGAUACUUAUGCAAGCUGGAUAUCCUCCAGUCAUUAUACAGAAACAACAUCGGCAUAAAUAUUACGAAAAUUUGCAAAUUGCUAAUAGUGGCGACGUUAGGCCAUUUGUCAGAUUUAUAGCUGAAUGUACAGAACAAACAUUAGAUUUAUUUUUAUGGGCAACUAGCGAAUUUUCUCGACAAGUUCCAGCCUUGAGCCAAGAUACUUUAUUUACAGAAAAGCAAAAUACUAUUAUAUUAGAAGAUGAGAGCAGUGAUGAUUUUGAGGAUGAUUAAUAAAUUAAAUCAAAGUAUUAAAUUAAAUUUAAGAAUUAUAUGCCAAAGAUUAUAUUACAAUUUUGUAUUUUGAGUCAUCAAAUCAUUGAUCUUAUUUAAAUAUGAAAUCUGCAUGCUAUAGUUCUAUUUUAUCAAUUAUUCCGAUGGCAAUGCAGAGACAUUAAGCUUAGAUUAUUAAAAAUUAGAACAAAUAUUCGAUUUUCUAAAAUUUUAAUGAAGUCUUGCCAAACAUUUAUUGUAAAGUAGUUUUAUAUUUUGUAAAAAUUACAGCUAUCUAUUUGUGGACGCAAAUUCAUUAAAGAGAUUUAUUUAUAUUUCAAUACUGUUCCAGCACAAAUGUUUGUUAUAUUUUCAAUUGUUUGUUAAUAGAAAUAAUUUCUUCCAUAUGCAUUCUGUUGACUCUUAUAUAAAUUUAAUGUAAUAUUUCCAUUAUGUACAUAGUACAGAUUUCAAUUCAAAUCUAAAUCUGUGAUGCAAUGAUGUAAAAAAUUUAUGUAAGAUAUGUUUAAAAAAUAAGUAAGUUAUUUAAAUAUUGUAUCCUAAUUGACGGAAACCAUUUGUAAUUAUUACUUGCUGGUCAAGUUAUAUACAUAUAUAUACAUAUGUAAUAUACAAACUAUUAUAAAUAUUAAUAAAUAUGUAAUUUAUAAUCGAAAUUAUUUGCUUUUCUUUUUUGUUUGAUAUAUAUAUAUAUUUUUUAAUGUUCAAAAUAAAUAAUUAUAAAUAAUCUUUAUAUUUCAUAACUUUAUUGAAAUUGAAACUAAUUUGCUAGAGAUUUAAAUAUUUUAGAUUACUCACAUUUAAAAAUUAUAAUUAUAACAGGAAAUAUUUAUCUUUUAUUAGGAUAAGAAACCGAUUGUAUGGUUUUAUUUUUUUUUAUUCAUUAAGCAACAACGUGAAAACUCUGUUUUACAUGGAUGUACACAUAUUAAAUUUUGUGUACAUCGAUUAAAACCGCUCAGAAGUUGACUAAAUGCAUAUGAUAUUCGGGAUUGUAUAUUGUUACUUCGUAAUUGUUCUUCUCAUAAAUUAUUUGAUUAUAAAAAAUAAAACGUUAACAUUUCUCGCUAGUAAGCUUUUAUCAUCAAUAUACGUCACUACUUAUACAUAAAACACUUUUUUCAAAAACUUGUGUACUAUGCUGUUUGUUUUUAUCCUUCUCUCUUUUUCUUUUAAUAGACAGAGUUUCAGUUACAUUUAGCCAAUUUUUACUUCUGUCUAAAUCAUCUUUUAUAUAUAAUCCUAAGUUACGUAAUACGGCAUUAAGAACGGGUCGAUCUGGUAUUAAAAAUACGAAAUCUCUAUUAAAUCCACGAAUACUAAGCGUCUACAAUGACAUUCGACGUAAUAAUACACCUCAAAUUUUUUAACACUUAGCGCCUGUAGAAUCAAUAAGAUAGUAAAUACUUAUUGUUCUUAUUUAAAAUAAAAACAAAAAACACAAUAUUCAAUAAAUUAUAAUAAAUUCUUUCAGUAUGUCGAAAGCACUAAUUCUUUUAUAUGGAUCUUAAUUUUCACUCUGUCUCACAUCAAUUCUUAUGGUUUGUAAAAGCUGAUAUAAUACAUGGGAAUAUUUUGUAGAAAUAGGAUUUUUAAAAGGUACGAAUAAUUUUCAUGCUUUAGCAGACAAAUUUUCUGAAUAUUUUUGCACAAAC